AUGGGAGCAGUGUUGACGGGGAGGAAGGAAGAAGGGGAAUGGGACUGAGCUGUGCAGGAAUCCUGGAAGGGGGAGAUGUUUGAGGUGCAGGAAGGAAUCGGAGGAGCGGGAGGCAGGUGAGGUGAUCCUGCUGGCCAUGUGGGGCACUGGCUGUGUAAUCUCCUCAAGGGGAAAUGUCAGUGGGGCCCGAAUUUCACAUGCUCCUUCGCGUCUCACAGGAGCUCAUUGAGGAGCUGCCUGACAACUCUCCACCCUGCGCCAUCUUCACCAACUCCCUGAUUGCUGUGGGCAACCUCAGCACCAUGAAACCUGCCCUGGAGCCAGAGCUGGAGACACACCUCUUGCGAGCUGCCCUGCAUGCUGUCUUUACCCUGGGCACAGAGAAGAACACCACCCAAGUCCAGGCUCUGCACAAGGUCAUGCCAGAGCUCCCGGAUGCCAUGCUGGGAAACCUGCUGACAGAGUCCCCAGAAACAGACAUGCUCCACUACAUCUUGGAGCACGUCAACUUCUGGAUUGUGUCUAGGGUGUCCCAGGAGAGAGCCAGGGCCAUUAAGAGCAGCUCGGCCCUGCUCAGAUACACCCUCCCUGAGUUUGAUAACCCAGCAGAGUUCCCCAGGAUGGGUCACCAUGUGGCACAGCUGGCUCUGUUCAUCAGUGACCCAGCCAAGGACAUCAGCCGGCAGCCCAGGGAAGGGAUUUACUGGCUCUACCAGCUGCUGCUGCACCAGAGGGGUCUUCGGAAAGUUCUUCUCAGAGGGGCAGAGAAGAUCCUUCCUCCGGACAGCAGUGCUGGCCAUCCACGACCCCCUGCUGCAUGUCAGCCAAGCUGGGCUGCUCCUUGCCUACUCCCUGCUGGGGGACCCCCAGCAGCUGAUGGGGGACAUGCAAGAGGAUGUCACAGCCAAAGUGAUGUGCCAGCUCCGCAUCAUCCAGCACUUGCACCAGGUGCCCGAGGUGCUUCAAGGGCUGUGCCUCAUCUGAUGCCCUUCAAGGUUUCCCGCCCAUGUUCAGCAACUCCCGCUCCCUGCUGCAGGUACUGCUCUGUCUCACUUCUCCGUCCCAGCCUCUCACACAGAUGUAUGCUGCAGCCAGCCCAGCUCAGGAAGCAGUGGACAGAUGAUCUUAUCCUGUCAAACCAAGCAACAUGGGUCUCAUUGAGGCUUAGAUGGAAGAUCCCACGCAUCUCCUGGAGGUCUCACCAUGGAUCCUGGAGCUGAACACCAGAUGGGAGCUGAUAGAUUGUCCUUGGAGGGCCAUGUCCUUGUGUGUGAUGGAGCUGUGUGCCAGAAAGGGCCAGAGGCAGAUGCACCACGCAUGGCCAGAAACAGGCUAAACAGCCUGUAAUGCUAGGUGAGUACAACCAUGGCCACAUACAGACACCACGGGAUCCAUGAGGACUGAAUCUGGGCCCUUUGCUAUCAAGAGCACAACUCACUCCAACCUGAGCCUUGACAGUGGUGACCCCUGCUAGCCCCUGAGGUGGGUCAGUAUUAUCCCUGUUAGCUGGGGCACAGGGCUGGAAAGUGACUGACUACAAAGUCACUCACAACAUCACUGACAGAGACAGGACUGAAGCACAGUACUGAUACCAGUCCAGCUCCAACCACUAGACCACACUCACUUCCAAAGCAAGAGAACGCAGGAGCUCUAGCUCUGACAGCCAGUCCUUAAAUGACAAGAGCAAACUCCUUCCCAUUCAGGAAGACAUAGAAGGGACUGUCUGCUGAGCCCCCCUCUGCAAUGCCACUGUCAGACUAUUGCUAGUGGGUGCCAAGUGACUGAGCCGGGAGCUCCUGGAGAGAUUCCUAGGGGCUAUGUAGUCAUGUUUCACGGUGACUUCUGGGAGCCAUGCAAAGAGUGCAGCAUUGAAGAGACUCUCCUGCUCUAACAAAGGGUUUCUG